AUGCGCCCUGUACGCUUUUCUCUCUCAACAAAAUCAAAUGUAACUCGCCCGCCGCCACAAAAUGCUCCAAAAAGGAAAACAACUACAAAGAAAUCACUCAAACCUAAACCAUUCGAAAAAACGAGUGUAAUGGAUCCUAUUCCAUUACCUGUUAUUGAGAGAUUAUCUGAAAACUCAAUCUCAGCAAUGCUAGAAGGUGAAGAAGAGGAAGAAGAAAUAAACGAAUAUUCAGAUGAUAUGGAUUCAUUGGCAGGAUUAACAAGAAAUGAACUAUUAAAGUUAUACAGAAUCGAAUACAACAACUACUUAAACAAUCUUGAUAAAGUAUCUUCAAUUAUCGAAGAAAAAAUUACGGCAGUUUAA